AUGGACAAGAAACCCACUGAAGGAUUAUCAUCAGCUGCUUCUUGUAAUUCUUUGAAGCGAAAGAGACCGCCCAUGAUUGAGAUCCCAAAUGUACUCCAAGAAAUCCGCACUAUUAACAAUAAUAAUACUAGUAGUAAACCCCAUUUCCAAGAUCUCACUCCCAAGAACGCUGUCCUUUCUUUCAGUGGGAAUGGUGUUGCUGUCUCUGCUAUCAAAGGCAAGAAAAAGUUCAUGGAAGAUACCCACAAGAUUGUUUCUUGCUUGCAUGGCAACUCAAACCAAGAAUUUUUUGGAGUUUAUGAUGGGCAUGGAGGCAAAAAGGCAGUGGAGUUUGUUGCAGAGAAUUUGCACGCAAAUAUUCUUGAAAAGAUGGUGAAUUGUGAUGCAGGGAAUGUUUCCAAAGAGGAAGCUGUUAAAGCUGGGUAUUUGAAAACUGACCAAGAUUUCUUGAAACAGGGUUUAGUCAGUGGCGCCUGCUGCGUCACAGCCUUGAUUGAAGGGCAGGAGGUUGUUGUCUCAAACUUAGGAGAUUGUAGAGGUGUUCUUUGUAGAGGAGGAGUAGCUGAAGCCCUUACAGAAGAUCAUAGAGCAGCACGGGAGGAUGAACGUAAAAGGAUAGAGGAUCAGGGAGGAUAUGUUGAGAUCCAUCGAGGUGCAUGGAGAGUUCAUGGGAUACUUUCUGUUUCUAGAAGCAUUGGAGAUGCUCAUCUGAAGGACUGGGUACUGGCUGAGCCAGAUACAAAGACAUUGAAGCUGAGUCCGGACAUGGAAUUUCUGGUCUUAGCUUCUGAUGGACUGUGGGACGAGGUUGGGAACCAAGAAGCUGUUGACAUAGUAAUUUCAAUAUGUAUGGCUGAGAAGAAAGUGGGAACCACAGAAGAUGUUCUGGAAGAUAAUGAUGUUGAUUAUGGCUGUGUAAAUGUAAGUCCUUCAUCAAAGUUGAAGCGGAUUUCACUUGUCAAGCGACAAAAGGAGUCCAGACACUCACCAGGCUAUAAGAAGAAGGCUUGCAGCUGGAAAGAGAAUGAAGAUGAUUUUGCAUGUGAAAAUGAAAGUCCUCCGACAAAGUCAAGAAGAAUCUCAUUGGUCAAGCGGAUAAACAUCAAGACUGAGUCUCCUAACAAAGAAAACAGUUCCAAUAAGAAGAGACCUGCCUCUGUGGUGCUUGAGGAUGCUUGUAAGGAGCUCGUGAACCUUGCCGUGAGUAGGGGUAGUUUGGAUGACAUUACAGUGAUGAUAAUUGAUCUGAAUCGUUUCAGACAAAACAGUUGA